GAGCCCCAAAAUGACUACAAUUCUCGUCCACCGAAGCCGUCGUUUGAACGGCCGAGACGUCUGUCGCCAAUAGAGCGGCGCUUAAGACCCGAACCGGAAGUGGCGGCUGACGUGCCCACAGAGGCCGAAGAGGACGUGUCCAGAGAUAUCGCGAUCUUAAGGCAAACUGUGGAAGAAUUGUCGCAAUCAAACCUUCACUGUCAAUACUGUGACCAUUUUCUGAGUUCAGUGAACGACAUCAACGCUCACAUGGGAUCACUCAUUCAUCAGCAAAAUAUGGCCAAAAAGGAAAUGCAAGACAACGCGAAGGUCGACAGCGAUGGGAGGUUUGGGGCCAACGAUAGAGCGGACACGAGUCGAACGGUUGUGGAUCGGGUGCCGACAGGAAUGGCCGCUUUGGUCCAAAUGAUUGACUCCCGGAAACAGAUUACACUUAAAUCGUUGACUGAUAUGGACACUUACCAGAUCUGUUCUGAAAGUGAGGCCCUAUUGGCUAAAGAAUUGGCCAAAUUAUUGACCCAAGAGUUGCUUAACUAUAAGAUGAGUUCAAUGCCCGAUACGGUUAAAGAGGCUCUCAAAAACCAAGGCAUCGGUCUAUUGAAUACUAUGACAAAGUCUUGA